AUGCGCAUAAGAUAUCCCUUUGCUGGGGCUUUCCUUGUUCUUCUUCUUCUAUCCGCUUACAUUGGCCUCACUCCUCACAAUGAAUCGAAGCCCGGCGACUCGACAAUCCCGCCAUCGCUCCAGCCCAACGACAAAUUCCUCCACUUCGUGACCUUCUUUAUCCUCUCCAUCGCAUUCUACUGGAUCCUAGACACGACUCGUCGGCGAACACUCCACCUGACCAUCGCCGUCUGCACACUGGUACUAGGAAUCGGCUCGGAAAUAGUACAAUCACUGAUUCCAAACGGCCGCUCGUUCGAUCCCUUUGAUAUCCUUGCCAACAUAGUUGGCAGCUUGGGCGCGGUGGGACUCUGUACGUGGUACCACAAGCGGAUGUUGGAGCGGAGAAGAAAAUCUCGCUUUGGAAAUUUGAUGAACGAUGGAGCUGGUGGGGAUGAUAUUGAAUUAGGCGUCAAUUCGACACACGACACAGAACUGGGUACCCAGGAAACUGGCAUUACGACUACUAGGACUCUGGAGCAAGAGGUUGAUAAUUGGGACGAGAACGCGGUUGACAAUUGGGAUGAGGAAGAUGGAGAGCAGGGCGAGAGUAACCCUGUGGGAAGUGGAGAUAGACCAAAAACAGCCCAGGCGAAGGAUGAUGUGAAGUUACGCAGUGACUGA